AAUAACUCCAGUAACGCUGCCGGGUAGUUUUCUUUUUCGGGGCUGUUGAGUUUUUUCCCCUGGAGAGACUUUGUGGCUUUUUAGCGUUAAACUGUUAGACUCGUGUUUUUUCUGGCAUGGAUAAAGCUUUAGUGACGUACUUUGUAUUGUAGUGGAAACUCUGGAGUGUUUUUCUGCUUCCUGUGUUCGUCAGAGUGGUGUUAUAUACCCGGCAAAAUCUGCGUUAAAGCUUUUUCCCCCGGUGUCUAGUGGCUGGAAAUAUAGCGAUGAGUAGUUUAUUCAACCUUGAGCGGUUCCGUUAUCAGAAAGAGAAGACGGGUGAAAAUCUCUCGUCCUCGGUCAGUUCACCCAAACAAGAGCAGCGCAGACUGGUCAACAACUGUAACUCGGAUAAGGAGAAUUACCCGGAACGCCGAGUGAAACCUGAUGGCAGACGAGGAAGAGGGAAAAUCCCACGCCAUGCCCUGGAGGAUGUGUCCUCUGAUGAUGAGGCCUGUAAGAAGGCAAGGGUUCCUACAAUACACUCGUCAGCGUGGAAUACCAAGGGGUGUGAAAAGCAGACAGAUCUUGAGAUGGAUGAAAAACUGACCAAGCUUCUGGAAAUGUUCCCUCAGAGGAACAGAAGUGAAUUGCUGGAGGUGGUGAAGAGUACCAGCACGCUGGAGGGAGCUGUAGCAUAUUGUCUGGUGGCCUACAAAGAUAAAGAUUUAUCCAAGACAAAAGGAAGCACCACACAUGGUGAUGAUGCUGAGAUACAGCCAAAGAAGCGAAGGAAAACUGUGGAGCCAGCUUUUGAGCCAGAGUCUGAAGAGGAGAAUGAUGAGCCAAACAGAGAAAAACAAGAUGCUAUGGUUUGCAAACUAAAAAAGAAAUUUCCAGAAAUGGGUAAAGAGGUACUGAGAGAUGUUCUGAGAGAGCAUGAGUGGGAUUUUAAAAAUGCCUUGGGAUCAUUGCUCAUGUUUUCUUCAGAAUCUGACUCUAGCCCUGGAGCAAUCGAGAAGACAACGCCAAAACUGUCAAGUAAUUCAAAACCUUCAAAGAGCAGACAAGAGAGCAGUGAAGAAGAGAAGCAAAAGCCAGAUUCUUCUAGUCUGACAAGGUGGCUAUCAGCUGUAUCAAGUAAAUCUCCUUCAAGACCACAGACCCCCUCUGAUAGAUCGACCUCAAGAGAAAGUGAAACAGUUAGUCAUAAGUCUGAAAGAGCAAAAACGGAGAAGAUAAAACCCAAACAAAUCAAAGACUCUGAUGACUCUGAGCUUGAUAGCGAGGCUGAGGAGGAUUCUGAUUCUGAAUUUGACCUGGAAGGUGAGGACAGUAGCUUUGAUCCUGGGGUCCAGGAGCAGAUAUUGCAGUUUUUCCAGGAGGCUUCAGUGGAUGAACUGACUUUGAUAUCUGGCUGCUCAUUGAAAAAAGCCCAGAAGAUUAUUUCAUUGAGACCAUUUAACACAUGGAAAGAUGUGAAUGAGCAGUUCUAUAAGGAUAAUGGCUUGUCUAUGGAGUUGGUACACGGUUGUAGGAACGUGCUGAGGGAAAGACAAGUACUGAAGCAGCUCAUGAACAAGUGUGAGGGCAUAGCCAGGAAGAUGACUAAAGACAUAUCCCAGGUUAUAGAAAAUGGCAUGGGUUCCAUGAAACAGCCAACCUCCCUCAACAGCAAGUUAAAAUUACAACCAUAUCAGCUGAUAGGCUUGAAGUGGCUUAUUCUCUUACACCAACACAAUCUUAGUGGGAUCCUGGCUGAUGAGAUGGGCUUAGGAAAGACAAUUCAGGCAAUUUCUUUUUUGGCUCAUCUUUAUCAGAAGGGGAUUAAAGGCCCUCAUCUUAUCACUGUACCCUCUUCCACAGUGGAUAACUGGGUAAGAGAGUUAGAGCUGUGGUGUCCCAGCCUGAAGGUCAUUGUUUAUUAUGGCUCUGUAGAGGACCGUAAAUACCUCCGCCACGAUAUUCUCAACAACCAAGUGGAAUUCAAUGUUAUUGUCUCUACAUAUAACUUAACAAUAGGCAAUGAAAAUGACCGCAGUCUCUUUCGCAAGUUGAAGUUGCAGUGUGCUGUGUUUGAUGAGGGUCACAUGUUGAAAAACAUGAACUCACUACGCUACCGCCAUCUCAUGGCCAUCAAUGCUGAACAGAGAUUGUUGCUCACUGGAACACCUUUACAAAACAACCUACUGGAACUUAUAUCUCUGCUCAACUUCAUUAUGCCCUCCAUGUUCUCCAGCAGCACUUCACAGAUUUCCAAGAUGUUCUCCACGAAAUCAUCAGAAGAGGAAAGUAGUUUCCAUAAAGAAAGAAUUGCACAAGCCAAACUCAUCAUGAAGCCCUUCAUCUUGAGACGGGUCAAGAGUGAGGUGCUGAAAGAACUACCUCCCAAGGUGGAGAAGAUCGAAAUGUGUCCCAUGAGUGAUGCUCAGCAGCAACUCUAUGAUGGUCUCUUUCGUAGGCUCAAGAACACUGCUAAUGGAGAGAAGCGAGAGCUGUGUAAUGUGAUGAUGCAGCUAAGAAAAAUGGCCAACCAUCCACUGUUACACCGGCAGUACUAUACUACAGAGAAGCUUGCAGCCAUGAGCCGAGCCAUGCUGAAGGAACCAACACAUUUUGAUGCAGACCCUGCACUGAUCCAGGAAGACAUGGAGGUGAUGUCAGACUUCGAGCUGCAUAACCUUUGUAAGGAAUACAGCUCCAUCUCCAAGUUUCAGCUGGAAAAAGAGCUCCUUCUGGACUCCGGAAAGUUUUCACUGCUCACCAAGUUAUUAGCCAAGCUCAAGGAGCAGGGUGACAGAGUAGUGCUCUUUAGCCAGUUCACCAUGGUACUGGACAUUGUGGAGAUUCUGCUAAAACACCUCGGUCACCAGUAUGUUCGGCUGGAUGGCUCUACUCCUAUGGCAGAAAGAAUUGGCCUCAUAGACAAAUACAACACAGACCCUGAAAUAUUUGUCUUCCUUCUGUCAACUCGUGCUGGUGGCCAGGGGAUCAACCUCGCCUCUGCUAAUGUGGUGAUUCUUCAUGAUAUUGACUGCAAUCCUUUCAAUGACAAACAAGCAGAGGACCGCUGUCAUCGAAUGGGGCAGCGCAGGGCUGUGCAGGUUAUAAAACUGAUUAGUAAAGAUUCCAUUGAGGCCUGCAUGCUUCGCCUAGGGCAGGAGAAACUCAAACUUGAACAAGACAUGACUACUGAUGAUGGUGAAGAGGGCUCCAUGUCAGAGGAUGUGGCUGAGCUGUUAAAAGUAUCACUGGGCCUUUGACCAAAGUGAUAAGUAUAGAAAAUGCACCACUGCUAAAUGGCUGACUCAGUAAAAACACUGACUACACAUGCACUUGAUUGCCAUAUAGUCAGUAACAACUUCAUAGUUCUCACAGUUUACUUGAGGUAAACUAUUCUGUUUUGUCUCAUAUCCUCAUUUUGGCUCAUGUUGAAAGUAUGCCCAGUUGAAUCCCAGCACUGCCCAGUUGAAUCCAGCUUCAGGGUUAUGAUGGCAAUGUUUGUGCCAGUAGCUUAUUAGUCUUUUUUUUUUUUGGAUUAACUGUACUAUAG